UCUACGAGGAAAUCAUUGAUUACCAUAGACAGAUAGUGAUAUAGAUUGGAUCGCGAUGGCACGCUUUUCUUUGCAGCACUUGUGAUCGGUCACGCAACUAGUCGGGAUGUCCAAAAGCAGCCGGGGUUGAUCUCAGCCUGAAAAGUAUCAGCAUAUAACAUCCAGGCUUGAGCAAAAGUAUUAUGUCCUGGUUCACAAGACACAAUCGAUGCCGUGGUUUGCUCUAUUCUCACAGGGUAUACAAAAAAAAUAAACAUGGAUAUUUUUGGAUCUACAUAUAAAAGGGACCGAUGCAUUUAUUCUUCUUCCUCGCUUUUCAACUUGGUCAGAAUUCUUUGCGACUUUGUUCUUCGAGAGGAUUUUUGCUACAUAUCCAGUACCUCCAAAAAAUAAUAGAAUUCGUGGCAUAUUCUUCACAUGGGGCAAGCAGCAUCUACGGCACUAUCAUCGUCAAAAUCAUCAGUUGUUUUUUACGACAGCGAUGAACUAAGCAACCGAUUCACCAAAGCAACUUUAUCAACACUGGCUGUGCCUAUGGUCAUUGUGGCCUUUCCCUUCAUUAAUGCAUACACUUUCACAUCCGAAGAACUAACCGGUGUCAAGCUCAUGGAUGGAGCUAUCGGUGGUCUAUUAGGGGUCAUUGGCUGGCCACUGGCACCAUUUCUUGCAUGCUGGGGAGUAUUCGAAGUUUUAUUCAAGGACGCACCCCCUGAGCCCUUAGCUAUACCACAAGAAAUAAAAGACAAGGCAAAGCGAGAAUUUGGACUAAACUGCGAGAAUUAUUACAAUAUUGCUGUGGCAGGCAUCGCGGGAACUGGCAAGUCUUCAGUCGUCAAUGGGAUUAUGGGGAUGCACGAUAAUGAUCCACAGGCUGCUGUGACUGGUGAAACUGAAGCGACCAUCAAACCUAGAGCUUACCGGCAUCCAGACCUUCGCACCAUGGUGCUUUGGGACUUACCUGGAGCUGCCACCCUUCAUCACCCAGCUGAAACAUAUUUCGAGGACAAAUUUUUGUGUGCCUUCGACGCACUUAUUAUAGUCAUGGCGGAAAGGCUUCAGGAAACCGACAUAAUAAUUGCUAAAAAGGCUGAGGAGAAGAAAGUCCCAGUGUUCUUUGUACGUAACAAAGCAGAUCAGGCGGUGGAGGCAAAAAUUCGUCGAUACAGUGGAAGUACCCAAGAUGAGACGUAUAAAUGGUCAACGGCAGCAGGGGAACUAGUGAAAGAAGUCAAACAAUCGAUCUAUAAACAGCUCAAGUCAAAUAACUUCAGCACACGUAAACUAUUUAUCUUAUCAGCAUGGAAUCUACAGGAGUUCGUUUCAGCCUUGAGUAAACGAGAAUUGGACAAGAAUAUGCACAUCAUCGACGAACAGCGAUUCAUGCGGACUUUGAUCGAAGGCGUGUUAACCAAACGCAGAAGAAAGGAAAAGAUGAAGUUGAAAAUGGAAAAGCAGAAGCAGCGCCAAAUCAUUGCUGAGGAGCGACAGAGAAACAGACGAAGCGCGGUCGGUGCAGCUUGAAAAAUUAAUCACUUGAAUGUAUAAACUACCCAACUCUACACACACACACAUACCAUCGUAAAAAUCUUUUGUAAUUACCAUCUCGUAGUCAAUAUUUCAUGAUCAUAUGUACAUUUUGCUUGUCAUUUACGCGUGCAGGAUGCUAAUCUCACUGCCCUCACAGCGCUUCAAAUGAAUGCUUUGCUCGGUCAUCUAUCUCAAACAAAAAAAUAAAAAUAUACCAUAGGUAAACUACACUAUUGAUUUACCGGAAACUGCAUCCGUGGGCGUGUUGGGCAACAUAGCAGCUGCAAUACGACGUCCUUCCUCAGCUAGUACAUUGUAGGUGGAUGCAGCAUUUUUCUGAAA